ACAGACACACUCGUUUUUCUUAUUAAGGGUUUCUCUACUUUACAGCUCAAACUUCCAUCCAUCUUCUACUUUGCUCAACUUCUCAAUACCAGAUCCAAACCACGGUGAUUACCACUUCUAUACUCUUCAUCUUUACUUUUUAUUUCAGCUCAGAUACUUGUAAUCUAUGGGAAUGAAGCCAAAUUAGUCCACUUGUAGUUGUCUUGUGAUUCUGUCCAGCUACAGUCAUGAAUUUGUGAUUUUCUAGUAGUAAACACCAUUAUUGAGUUAUUUGUGGAUUAUAUUGUCUUAACAUGUUGAAGGGCGUGGUUGUAUGUUGUUUUGGUAUUUUUGCUUAUGGUUUUUCUACACCAAUGGGUUACAGGACUCACUGAAACAAGGGUAAUGUAACUAUUGUCUCAAACGCAUCUUUACCAUGUUAUGUGUGUGGGCAGUGUUGGCUUUGGGAAUUGGGAAUCUUCUUUUAUGGAGUCUGGGGGGAAUUCAAACAUAUGGAGUUAAGGCUUGACUAAACUGGAUAGCUAUCUGAACGUUGUACUUAUUGAUGGGCAGAGAGGGAGGGACAAUUCGGGCAAACGACUGCAGGACUUGUGCACUUGAAAGAAGAGAUUAGAAUGGUAUUCUCAUUUUUCAUUCUGGAUAUAAAAUCCCUUAAAUACUUGACACGUCUUACAUACAUACACACAUUAUUCCUAACUAUUCAUUAUUGUUAAUUUAUAUAUUCAUGUUGUAUUUUAGCAUUUAUGCAUAUCGGGGAAUCAUCCAUUACCUUUAGCAUCACUGGUAGAAGGAAAAAUAAAAGAAAAUAACUGAUAAUAAAAGCAGGAUAGAAGUUGCAAGAUUUAUCCACAAAAGAGAACUACUACUGGAAUUAUGAUGUUCUGUAUAUUUGGUAUUUAUUAGUUCAAUUAUGUUGUGUGCUGUAGGGCAAUAAAAUGUUGGUUUAUUACUAUUAAGCUAGCGACUUAUUGAAAGAAAAAAAAUACAGUAACACAAUUGAAGAGUGCCUCAGGAAAGCCUUGCUGCCAAGUCACAAAGAGGCGGCAAGUGUGCAUGCCUCAGCCAUUGGUCCUAUGCACACAUUUGGCAGCUAUGGUCACCGUGUUAGGACCAAGAUUUGCAGUGGCCAUUUGCUUAUUUAUUGUUUUUAUUAGCUUUGGGUGCUCUGAGUAUUUGCUUCUGACUGUUGAUCAGGUUAGAGGAGAUUCUUUGCUUUAUUCUCACUUUCAGCUCUUUGACCUUGUUGUCUGAAAUUUCCAAGGAUUUUGAGCUUAUUGUUUUUUUUAUCCUCGUAGAUUAUUGUUAUGUUUUUUUUUUUCUUAACGACCAGUCAUGGUCUUUUUGGUUUACUCUCAUAAAACAUGAUCUUGCAGCAUAAUUUUUUUUUUGUUUAACUAAGUUACAUUCUAGGAUAAUAUCGAUCACUUGCUUAUGUUGCAGGUGCAUAUCUUAUUGUUAUAAGCCUAGUCCUAAGCUAUGUGCACUUCGCGGGAUUUUCUUAGAAUAUAUUAUAUUUACUUGUUUCAUCAUUUUGCACCUAUUGGGAAGCUGUGGCAUAUUGUAUCUGAAAUGCUUAGAAAGCCUGAUUUUUCACAAAAAAGAAGGGUAUCCUUAAUUGAUUUUUUUCACUCUUAGUAUCCGUUUCAUAAAUCUUAUUUCUCGUGUGGUGAUGUCGUGUUGAUAUGCAUCUUUCUUUCCUUUCAGGUUGCAAAUAAUAAUAGUCAAUGAACUUGGGUCUUCGGCCCAAAGUAGAAAAUCAUCUGCUGCUGCCCAGCUUCUAGAUGGUAUCAUUAAUCAGCAAUUGUGCGUCCAAGGGAGAUUUUUUGACGCCUUCCAUCAGAUGAUAUGUAGGAACUUUAUUAUGCUCAAUCAGCACAGCAAUGGGCAUUCUCCUGAAAAUUUUCCUAGACCCAUUGCCAUUGUACAUUAUAUUGCUAUGCUGUUUGAUGAACAUAUGCCAAGGUCUCACUGCUGAUGGCCAAGCUCUUGUUAACUUCCGGACAAGCAUUAUUAGUUCGGAUGGUGUGCUUGGUCAGUGGAGGCCAGAGGAUCCUGAUCCGUGUGGGUGGAAAGGGGUAACGUGCGAUUCAAAAACCAUGAGAGUUAUAUCUUUGAAUGUUUCUAAUCACAAGUUAAAGGGACCUAUUUCACCAGAUAUUGGAAGGCUAGAUCACUUGAAAUUCUUAGAACUUCAUUACAACAACUUUUAUGGUGCAAUCCCUCCAGAGUUGGGAAAUUGUACAGAGCUGCAAGGAUUAUUUUUGCAGAAUAAUUACUUAAGUGGAUUUAUUCCUACUGGGCUAGGAAAUCUUUCGAAGCUUCAAAUAUUGGAUAUCUCUAGUAACUCUCUUGAUGGAAGUAUUCCCACAUCAGUUGGGCAGUUGAGGAACCUUGUAAACCUCAAUGUCUCAUCCAAUUUUCUGGCAGGGCCAAUCCCAACCGAUGGUGUUCUUAGCCAAUUUGGAAGUAACUCCUUUGUUGGAAACAGCGACUUGUGUGGGAAGCAAAUUAAUAAGUUGUGCAAAGAUGAUGUUGGAAGUCAACAGCCAGCAGGGAACCAAAAUGUGAAAAGGAACUCGGGUCGGCUACUAAUCAGUGCUUCUGCUACUGUGGGUGCAUUGCUGCUGGUUGCACUUAUGUGUUUCUGGGGUUGUUUUCUGUAUAAGAAGUUUGGGAAAAAUGAUGCCCAAGGGAUUGCAAAAGAUGUCAGUGGAGUUCUUAUUGCUUCAGGUGCGUCCAUUGUAAUGUUCCAUGGAGACUUGCCAUACUCGUCCAAAGAUAUAAUCAAGAAGUUGGAAACUUUAAACGAGGAGCACAUAAUUGGUGCCGGAGGUUUUGGAACAGUUUACAAGCUGGCAAUGGAUGAUGGAAAUGUUUUUGCCUUGAAACGAAUAGUGAAACUGAAUGAGGGAUUUGAUCGGUUUUUUGAGAGAGAGCUUGCAAUACUUGGAAGCAUUAAGCACAAAUAUCUAGUGAAUUUGCGAGGAUAUUGCAAUUCCCCAACAUCGAAACUGCUACUCUAUGACUAUUUACCAGGUGGCAGCCUAGAUGAAGCUCUUCAUGAAAAAGCUGAGCAACUAGACUGGGAUGCAUGUCUUAACAUCAUUAUGGGAGCUGCAAAAGGGUUGGCCUAUUUGCAUCAUGACUGUUCCCCUCGAAUUAUACACCGAGACAUAAAAGCAAGCAACAUUUUGCUGGAUGGAAAUCUGGAGGCUCGAGUUUCUGACUUUGGACUUGCAAAAUUGCUUGAGGAUGAGGAAUCCCACAUUACAACCAUUGUUGCUGGAACUUUUGGGUAUCUAGCUCCUGAGUAUAUGCAGAGUGGUAGAGCAACGGAAAAGACGGAUGUUUACAGUUUUGGAGUACUCAUGCUUGAAGUUAUUAGUAGAAAGAGGCCCACCGAUGCUUCUUUCAUAGAGAAAGGCCUUAAUAUUGUUGGCUGGUUGAAUCACUUGAUAACGGAGGAUAGGCAGCAUGAGAUCAUUAAUGGGAACCGUGAGGGUGUCGAGGCAGAAACGCUCAACGCUCUACUCUCACUUGCGACUCAAUGUGUGUCUUUAAGCCCAGAAGAUCGGCCCACAAUGCACAAGGUGGUAAAAACACUUGAAUCCGAGGUUAUGACUCCAUGCCCAAGUGACUUCUAUGACUCUGCAUCCGAUUGAAUACCAUUCUGUGCUUCCAUUUCAUACAUCCACCGCUCGCUAAUUGGAGAUGAAUACAAUCACAUGGACAACGUUCAUUCUGCAAAUUCAUUUCCCCCUUCAUGAUAUCCAUUCUUUGCGCAUGCAGACCGACGGUAAGAACAUUAUCUUAUCGUUGCAGCGUCCGCGAAUGGUAUUUUUCUUCACCUGCUGAUGAUGAUCAUGUUUUUGGCUUGUGAUAUUAAAAGGUUACCCUUUUCUUUUCUCUUGUUAUCAUUGCAAUAACAUUUUAUGUUGUAAUAGCCCCAUGUGUAUAUGCCAACUUUUAAUUGUGAGCGUAUGAAAAGGAUCGUUCUUGGUGAUGGCAUCUUUGUAUAACACGCUUGCUGUUCGUGAUUAAAAUGCAAGUUUUUUGUUGAUUAUGUUGGUAA